AUGUCUAAGAGAAACCUGAUUCAAAAACAGUGUGAGCCUUUACCUAUAAGAAGUUUCGCAAAAUCGGUUUCAUCUAAGGUAAAGUUUCUUCAUCCUUUUCCGGUUUCACUAUGGAAGCCUGUUAGUAAUAAAACAGUGAAUUGGAAUGGUUUUAACUGCAAGAGUUUCGAGUGUUUGAAUGGUAGGAAACUGAAUAGAGAUUGUGUUCAUUGCUUUGAUUUGGUUAAUGGAUAUGAGAAUCAAAGAUUUGUUAAGUCUAAGAGUAAGAAUGAUUUUCUUGUUGAUGAUGUUUUGCAAUUAGGAAAUGGUGGGAUUAGAAUAGGUUUUGAUAUUGGAAUUGGUUCGGGGGUCUUUUGCGGCGGUUAUGGUUGA